UAACGCACAGUAAGCUUAAAGGGAUGAAAACAGCUAACGUUAGCUCAAAUUGGAAAUACGUGUUCCUUCAAAUUACAGUUCAGAUUUUUUAUCCCUAAAUUAUUUAGGAAAAAAUACCAGUUUUGGGAAGGAAUCAUGACGUUAAUAACAAUUAAGGAUGGCGAAUACACGGCUACAAUCUACAAAAUGAUCAAAGAUGGGCGUUACGGAGAGGCUAUCCACAUUCUCAGUAAUGAACUUCAAAAACAGCUCAAAUCUAGGGCAGCACUGUCCCUCCUGGGCUACUGCUACUUCCAUAUGCAGGACUACAUCAACGCAGCUGAGUGCUACGAGCAGCUGACCCAGCUGCACCCAGAGGUGGAGGAGUACAAGCUGUACUAUGCCCAGUCACUGUAUGGGGCUUGUGCUUUCCCCGAGGCCAUGAAGGCCACCUUUCUCCUGGACAACCCCAACAGCCACACCAAGAUGAUAAAACUGCAGGCUGCCAUUAAAUACGGAGAGGAGGAUUUGUCUGGGGCCAAGAGUCUGGUGGAGCAGCUGCCGCCUGAUGAUCCAGACUACGAGGUGGAUCUGGGCUGUCUGCUGUACAAAGAGGGAGAGUUUGAGGAGGCCUGCAAGAAGUUCAUGACCUCCCUGCAGGUGCUGGGCUACCGCCCAGAUCUGUCGUACAAUGUGGCCCUCUGCUACUACAGCAUGAAGCAGUACGCCCCAGCCCUGAAGUACAUCGGGGACAUCAUCGAGCGUGGGAUCAGGGAGCACCCGGAGCUCAGCGUCGGCAUGACGACGGAAGGCAUCGACGUUCGAAGCGUGGGGAACACGCUGGUUCUGCAUGAGACCGCUCUGAUAGAGGCCUUCAACCUGAAGGCGGCCAUCGAGUACCAGCUGAAAAACUUUGAUGCAGCGCAGGAAGCUUUGACGGACAUGCCGCCCCGGUCUGAGGAGGAGCUGGACCCGGUAACCCUUCACAACCAGGCCCUGAUGAACAUGGACACCAAGCCCACUGAGGGCUUUGAGAAGCUAGCCUUCCUCCUGCAGCAGAACCCCUUUCCCCCGGUUACCUUCGGCAACCUGCUCCUGCUCUACUGCAAAUACGAGUACUUUGACCUGGCUGCAGAUGUUUUGGCAGAAAAUGCGCAUCUAACCUACAAGUUCCUCUCUCCGUAUCUAUAUGAGUUUUUGGAUGCCAUGAUAACCUGCCAGACUGCACCAGAAGAGGCCUUCCGCAAGUUUGAUGAGAUUGCGGGGAAACUGACCGAGCAACUGCGCAAACUGACCAAGCAGGUCCAGGAGGCCAGGCAUAACCGUGACGACGAGGUGGUGAAGAAGGCUGUUCACGAGUACGACGAGGCGCUGGAGAAGUACAUCCCAGUGCUCAUGGCUCAGGCCAAGAUCUACUGGAACCGGGAGAACUACCACAUGGUUGAGAAGAUCUUCCGCAAGUCUGUGGAGUUCUGCAAUGAGCACGACGUGUGGAAGCUGAACGUGGCUCACGUUCUCUUCAUGCAGGAGAACAAGUACAAGGAGGCAAUCGGCUUCUACGAGCCCAUCGUCAAGAAGCACUACGAUAACAUCCUUAACGUCAGUGCAAUCGUCCUGGCCAACCUGUGCGUGUCCUACAUCAUGACAAGCCAGAACGAAGAGGCAGAGGAGCUGAUGAGGAAGAUUGAGAAAGAGGAGGAGCAGAUAUCUUAUGACGACCCCGAAAAGAAGGUCUUUCACUUGUGUAUUGUCAACCUGGUCAUCGGAACCCUGUACUGUGCUAAAGGGAACUAUGACUUCGGCAUUUCUCGUGUGAUUAAGAGCUUGGAGCCAUACAACAAGAAGCUGGGGACGGACACGUGGUUCUACGCGAAGCGCUGCUUCCUGUCCCUGCUGGAGAACAUGGCCAAGCACAUGAUCAUGCUGAGGGACACCGUGGUCCUGGAGUGCGUCCAGUUUCUGGAGCACUGCGAGAUUUACGGAAAGAAUGUUCCAGCAAUCAUCGAGCAGCCCCUUGAGGAGGACCGGCUGCAUAUCGGCAGGAACACGGUCACCUACGAGUCCCGCCUGCUCAAAGCUCUCCUCUACCAAAUCACCGGCUGGAAUCAAUGAGCCACUCGCCGCUUUUUAAAAGACACCCUGGAAGUGACAUUUGGGGAAAGUGUUUUGUUGGAUGUGCCUGGGAGUCUAAGGACUUUUUAAGGACUACUGGUCACUAGUAAGGACCACAUGAUCUGCUUGCAUGUUCAUCAAGACGACUUCAUGAAAACGUGUUCUUUUCCAGAACGUGGUGUAUGUUAUGAUGAAUUGAAACGCAUGUUAAAUGACAGUUCGAAAGAAAACCAUCGAUCAGUUUUCAUAGAACGGGCUUUCGUUCCCUUCAUCUUGAAAUGGCUUUGUGAAAGUUCAAUAAUCCAGUCAGCUCUCAAAUGUACACAGGUAUAUAACAGUGUUGAACAAUACAGGAGAUAUAUAAUCUUUCCUUGGUUCUUCUUUCUAUUGCAUUGCAGUGCUGUGCUGUUUUGUCAGCUGAAAAACACUAGUUAUUUGUCCAGAUACUCAACCUUAUCCCAGAAGCAUUUCAUGCAAAUGAAGGGGUCUUGCCCUGUCUUUAGUGAUAAUCGCACACCUUCAAUUCCGAAACACACUUAGCAGUUACCAUUUGUUUUUGUUCAUUUAAAAACAAAUGGAUAUUUAACUUUUAUAUCCUGAGAAACAUUGUCCUCCUUUGUGAAUUUCAUGUCUUGAAGUUUUCAAAUGUAGAGUCUUAAAUUUAUUUUUCUAUUUAAUAAAAAUGUAAAUUAAAAACAUUAACUCUG